UUAGCUAGGCUGUUCAGUGGAACCGUCAACGAUAUCAGUUGAUUUUUUAAUGAAAAUUCCGAUUCUCUCUCAAUGAAUGAUCAUCGAUAAUCGUAAUACAGCAAACUGUCAGUAUUCCAAUAAAAAUUAAAAAUCAAAGCGCUUAUUAUAGUUUUUUUAUUUUUACACAACAUGUUUCGAACUUUGAUUUUUAAUUUUUAUUAAAAAGUGAACAUGUCAGUAUUCCUUGUGAAUAACACCACCGCUUCCCAUUCAACCUAUGCUGACAGCUUGUAGUGAAUCUGACCGUAGUGACGCUGCAGUAACUGUCAGUCCAAGCAUGUGGGUCAGCAAAACUUGUCUGAUGACGUAGUUGUGACGUCAAACUUACGGUAAUUCAGCAAAUCGAGAUAUUUCACCCAUUUGGUCGCCAACUGGGAUAGGUGGACCGGUUUACUAUAGCAUGUAUUUUAUGUUUUUCUCCCGUGUGUAACACGUUUAUAUGUAUAUAUACCAAAGGAACAGGGGAAAGAGAAUGUGAAAUAACUAGUAACCGAUUAUUGGCGACGGUCAUUGACCAGCGGCAAUAAAGUCAAGUUUGACUGAGUCAGUCAGUGACGGUCAAUGGUCAGGGUCGGUUGCUGGUUAGUCACGUGGUUAAAAAGUCAUGAAAUUAUAAAAUAUCUAUUAUUAUGUUGAAAAAACUGGCUAUAGUAUAAUACUGUGCAUAUUUUAAGUGAAUAAAAUAAAUAAAUAUUGGAAAUGGGAAAAUGUUGAAGUCAGUUAAGUGAAUUUCUAGUCAUUAUAGAAGUGGACAAUCUUUAUUCUGGAUACGUGAUUUAAACAUUUAUUAUUUAGUGGGAAUACUGGGACGAGGAUGAAUUUACAUGAGAUUUAUGGUUAAAUGUAUGUGAAGAGUUAUAGCCUACUGGUGUGAUAAGCUGUAAUAUGGAAUCUACGGGACCAGUUUUUAAAAAAACUGCAUUGAAUUUUUUUUGACUCAACGAUGGACCUACGUGAUUGUUAUGCAUUUAAAUGAAGAUUAGAGAAAAACAGAGUUCAUGAUAUACGGAAGGAUCUGAUUUAUGGUUUUGAAUUGAUAAAUUCAUUAAAUAUUUUGUCAUGAUUUGUUCUAGAGACAAAUUAAAAAUACAAAAGUUGUUUAAUAUUUGAAUCUGAACAUUUUUUCUUUUGCAAAUAAUAUUUUUUAAUAGGUCGAAAUGUGUAAUUGGGAUGAACUGAGAACAGCUCAGUGAAAUUGUAAUGAGAAAAAUUUGAUUUGUCUGUCUCAAUAAUUGGUUUUAAAUAUUGUAAUGUUGAAUCAAUAGGCCUAUUCAAUGCAAAGAGACUCUUGAAUACGUUUCAUUUGUAAAAUAUAUUAUCAUGUUUCUCAAUGAGAAUAUAUACUUUCCAUUUAUAUAUCUUAGAAAAUCAUGAGUGGCAAUAUGAAAGAAUAAUUUAUACACUGUUACAAUGACCUAGGAAAUUUCCGGCCCGUCAUGUAGAUAGGAUCUGUUGAGAUCAUACUGAUAUCACCUCUAGUCAUCAUCAUAAUAUAAUGUAUGGUAGGUAAUGAAUGCCGUUAAAAAUUGUGAAGGAUUUUCAAGUGUGCGUGGACAAUAAUCACAACGAAUUAUUCUAUUCAAAUGCAGUUUUCAUUGGUUUUUGAUUUCAUGCCUGAUGAAAUGAUUCAUACAUCGAGUCAAAGUUUAAUUUAAAAGAAAUUAGUGGCUGAAUGGCAUUGGUGCUAUAUCGCUUUUGGAUAUUACAAUCUAUUAGACUUUUACAAAUUACCAACACCAUACUCUUCAAAUGAUAAUUGUGAACAUCAGAACCUAAUUACUUAACACCAAGUUAAUAGAGGAAAAUUGAGUUGUUUGUAAUGACUGAUCAUUUCAUUAACAAAUAAAUUUUUGAGUUUCUGAAAAUGAUGGAGUACCUGUGCAUUACGUUUACUGAGACUUGGAAGUGACUUUCUACGUUACUGUAUUUUGAAAAUGGACUUGAGAUGGGGUCGAGCGUCUCUGUCUACAGUGAUAUUUUUCGUCAUGUUAACAGCCGGGACAUGCCAGGAGAGAACUUUCAAGACAUCGAUGGAGAGAAUACGCGAUGCUGGCUGGAGAGGGGAAGAACACAAAGUAGUAACAGAAGACGGUUACAUUCUCACUGUGUUUCGGAUUCCUCCUCAGAAAUCUCCCAGUGAAGAAACUGAAGGAAGUGAUGAUGGACCAAUAGGUAGAGUGACCAGCUUUCUGACGGGUAUAGCGUCCAGAAUAAUGGGAAAUGAUGAUGAUAACGAAGCUGGAGAUAGGGACUCGAGGGAGCCAAGGAGAAGACUGCCAGUUCUCGUUCAACAUGGCAUAUUUCUAUCUUCGGAUGGGUUUUUGGUUGAUAGCGACGGUCUAGCAUUUGUUCUGGCUAGAGAAGGAUGGGACGUGUGGCUGGGCAAUGCCAGAGGAAAUGCUUACAGCAGAGCGCACAUCUUACUCAACCCCAGUGGAUCAAAAUUCUGGGAUUUCAGUUGGCACGAAAUGGGCACCAAGGACCUGCCGGCGAUGAUUGAUUACGUGUUGUCGCGCACCGGUAGACGGCAACUGCACUACAUCGGCCACUCAAUGGGCAGCACUGUGUUCUUCGUGAUGGGCGCCAUGUUGCCUCGCUACAACCGGCGCGUGCGCACUAUGGUUAGCCUCUCGCCCAUCGGGCGCAUGACCAAGUGGCACUUCGCCAUGCACAACAACUCGCUGCUCUACAGUCUCAUGAUGUCCGAAUAUGCACGUCUGAUUACCGAAGAAAAAAUGGAAUUUCUUCCCAGAGAGGAUUUGAAAGGAACAUCCAACAAUCAGGUGCUCUGCUGGGACGUACUUAUCAAUUUCGCUCUCACAUGCGAGUUUAUAAUUCGGAUGGGCCGAUACCUGAUCAAAGAUUCAUCACAACCAGCGGGUAUUUCAAUUAACACUGGCAAUCACUUCAUUCAGAAUAUUGGAUCAGCGAGUUUCAGACCGUUCGACUACAGGGACACAGAGAAAAAUAUGAAAGUUUGGGGCGAGAGUCCACCUCCAGAGUAUCCACUAGAAAGGAUCAGGGCUCCUGUGGCCAUUUUCUACACAGCUGGGGACGAACUCAUUUCUGAACAGGACGCUGAGUAUAUGAUCUCGAAGCUGCCGAAUGUAAUAAGGGUGUGGAAAACGUCAUGGCCAAUGUUCAGUCACUUUGAUUUCACCUUCACAACUGUACCGACAAGCCUCCACAAGCGAAGAGAGAUGCAUCAGGAAGUGCUCAGCAUUCUUGAGGAAAGAGAUUCUUUCCGACUUUGAUUCACGAUUGAAAAUUCACCUGAUAUUGAUAGGUAGUGAAUUAUUACAGUCCACUCACCACUAGAGAUUACUGAAUAAAAAAUGAGGACUGUGAUGAAAGUUUUCAGUUUUAUACUUUCUUUAAUCCUAUUGUCUUCCUUCUUAGGGGUUGUAUUACACCUGCGUAUUUUUUAUAAGGUUUCUAAUCUAUGCACAUUAGGCUACAGGAAAACCCCAAUAUGAAAUUCAACUUUACGCCUCAAUGUUGAACCUUCGGAACAAUCAUAAUUUAUAACUGUACUUAAUUUAUAAUAAUUUGUAUUGUAGAUUAUGCUAUAUGAGAAAAAACAGUAGGCUAU